AUGUCUACCCCCUCUAGGCCCCGGCGCGCAAGACGCACCGCCAUUGUUGAUUCUGACGAUGAAGACGAUGUUUCCAACCGCUCUCGAGUCCAAGACGAGGAGGAGGACUUUGAGCCAGAGCCUCAGCCCUCCAGAAGAGCAACUAGAAGCGGGCGCAAGUCAACAACGCCUGCACCAUCUCUCGCUUCUACCCCUAAACCCCGAGGUCGUCCCAGAAAAACAGCUACACCAGCCGCUACCCCAGGCGGCCCUGCUACAGAUACCAGCGAGAUUUUCGAGGGCGAUUCAACAAUUAAGCCCGAGCCUCUUUCGUCACCGGCGGCUAUGCCCCCACCAAGGAAGCGCAAGAGUGUGGCUCGAAGCUCUAUCGCAUCUGCGUCUGAUAUUCCUCCUACACCGCAACCGAAACCCCCGAAAACUCCAGAGUCCUCACAAAAGCCAUUGGCGGCUUUGGCCGACAUCACCGAUGCCAGUAUGAAUACUUCAAACGCCGACGAUACGCAGCAUAUGAUUAAGCCAAUCAAGCCCAUGGAUACCAUUAUGGAAAAGCCUAUGGACAUUGUGCUGAAGUCACGGACAAUGGUCAUCCCUGCAGUUGAAGACACUACACCAAAGCCACGAAUUGUCCUAACACAUCUCGUCCUCAACAACUUCAAGAGCUACGCUGGUCGGCAGGAAGUCGGUCCUUUCCAUGCAUCGUUCUCCUCCGUUGUGGGACCCAACGGUUCAGGAAAGUCAAACGUCAUUGACUCCCUACUCUUUGUCUUUGGUUUCAGAGCCAGCAAGAUGCGACAGGGCAAGAUUUCUGCUCUGAUUCACAACUCAGCUCAGCACCCAAACUUAGACCAUUGCGAGGUCGCUGUCUACUUCCAGGAGGUUAUGGACCAGCCUGGCGGUGGCCACGAGGUUAUCCCCAAAUCCGAUCUUGUCAUCUCACGAAGGGCUUUCAAAAACAACUCGAGCAAAUACUACAUCAACGGAAAGGAAUCCAACUUCACGACAGUCACAACUCUCCUUCGCGAUCGGGGUGUCGAUCUGGACCACAAGCGUUUCCUGAUUCUUCAGGGUGAGGUUGAGUCCAUUGCUCAAAUGAAGGCCAAGGCCGGCAACGAACACGAAGAUGGUCUGCUCGAAUACCUCGAAGACAUCAUUGGAACAUCCAAGUACAAGACUCCCAUCGAAGAGUCCGCCACCGAGGUCGAAACCCUUAACGACGUAUGCAUGGAAAAGAGUGGCCGUGUCCAACACGUUGAAAAAGAGAAGAACAGCCUCGAAGACAAGAAGGACAAGGCGAUCGCUUUCAUCCGGGACGAAAAUGAGUUGGCGAUGAAGCAGUCCGCUCUCUACCAACUUUUUAUCCACAAGUGCAACGAGAACCUUACCGUCACGGGAGAAGCAAUUACACAGAUGCAAGCACAGCUGGAUGAUGAACUUGAGAAACACCACGGCAACGAACAAAUCAUCAAGACCCUGAAACAGGAGUACGACGUGGGUUCCAAGGAAUUUGAGAUCAAGUCAAAGUCGACACAGGCUUUGGUCAAGGAGAUGGCAAAGUUCGAGCAGGAGCGUGUCAAGUUUGACGAGAAACGAAAGUUCCUCGACGACAAGCGCAAAAAGCUUGAGAAGACAAUCGCCAACGCCGAGAAAACAUCAGUCGAAGCAGACGAAACCAUCGAGCAGUGUGGAGAAGAGAUCGAAACGCGAACUCAAGAAAUCGCCGAGCUCGAGGGACAGGUUCAAGCUGCUGAAGCCGAGCUUACCCAGAUUAGAGAGAGCCUUAAGGGCAAAACGCAAGAGUUUUCCGAUCAGAUCGCCGCACUGCAAAAGUCUCUUGAACCUUGGAACGAGAAGAUCAACCAGAAGCAAUCGGCUGUGGCAGUCGCCGAGAGUGAACUCAACAUUCUCCAGGAAAAGGCCAAUGCUGGCGCCGUGGCCCUUGAGGAGCUCCAGUCGAAGAUCGCCUCCAACGAGGAAAACAAAUCUGCCAAACGGGCCGAGCUCAAGGCUUGCCAUGCUGAGAAGGCAGAGCUUCUCAAAGAGGCGGACAACAUGAAGUCCGAGCUGUCAGUUCUUGCUGAGCAGGAGCCCAAGAUUCGCUCCAAGAUCUCAAACGCACGUCAGAAGGCUGAUGAAGCGCGCUCAAACUUGUCUAAUACACAAGUCAGAGGUAACGUGCUUUCUGCUCUGAUGCGCAUGAAGGAGUCGGGUCGAAUCGAUGGUUUCCAUGGCCGACUGGGCAAUCUUGGUACAAUUGAUCCCAAGUACGACGUCGCUAUUUCGACAGCUUGUGGUUCUCUCGACAAUUUUGUGACCGAGACUGUCGAGGCUGGUCAGCAGUGUAUCGAGUAUCUCCGACAGAACAAUGUUGGACGAGGUAACUUUAUCUGCUUGGACAAGCUCAGAAGACGGGAUCUUUCGCCAAUCCAGACUCCCGAGGACGCUCCUCGACUAUUCGAUCUCGUCACCGCCAAGGAGGACAAGUUCCGACCUGCCUUUUACCACGCCAUGCAGGAUACCCUUGUCGCUGCGGACCUUGCUCAGGCAAACAGGAUUGCGUAUGGUGCCAAGCGAUGGCGAGUUGUCACUCUCGCUGGUGAGCUGAUCGACAAGUCCGGUACCAUGUCUGGUGGUGGUACAACUGUCAAGCGAGGUCUUAUGUCUUCCAAGCUCGUUUCAGAUGUCACUAAGGAGCAGGUUGCUAAGUACGAGAACGACCGAGAUGGCUGGGAGACAAAAUUCCAAGAAUUCCAGGAGUACCAGCGAGAGUGUGAAACUCGCCUCAAGGAGCUGAACGAGAAAAUCCCCCAGCUCGAAACCAAGAUGCAGAAGAUUGGCCUCGAGAUUGAGAGCGCUGAGAGGAACAUCACCGAUAUGCAGCGACGCAUCAAGGAGGUCAGCAAGGAGCACCAGCCCUCUGCGACAGACAACAGCCGCAUUGCUGCUCUACAGAAGGAGAUCGCGAAGCUCAACAGAGAUAUCGAGAAGCUCCAUGGAGAGACAUCUAGCGUUGAGGAAGAGAUCAAGGCUCUGCAAGACAAAAUCAUGGAAGUUGGUGGUGAGAAGCUUCGCGCACAGAGGACAAAGGUCGAUGCCAUCAAGGAAGAGAUUUCCUCCAACAACGAGGAGAUCUCCAACGCUGAGGUCCGUAAGGUCAAGGCGGAGAAACAGAAAGUUAAGCUAGAAAAGGACCAUGCCAAGUCCUCCAAGGAGCUUGCGGCCGCUACUCGUGACCUUGAGAAGCUCGAAGAUGACAUCAGCAACCAAGGCGAAAGGGCCGAAGAGCUUCAAGCACAAGUUGCGGUGGCUGAAGAAGGAUUGGCCGCCAAGAAACAGGAGCUGAAGGCACUCAAGGCCGAACUCGACGAGAAGACAGACGAACUGAACGAGACAAGAGCUAUGGAGAUCGAGAUGCGCAACAAGCUUGAGGAGAACCAGAAGGCUCUCGCCGAAAACCAACAACGACUCCGCCACUGGAAUGACAAGCUGUCAAAACUUGUUCUGCAAAACAUUGAAGACCUUGUUGGCGGCUCUGCCAACAGCCAGUCUAAGCCUCGAUCGAAGCCUAAACCUCAACAGACUGACGAUGACGAUGGAGACAUUGACAUGGAUGAUGCUCCUCAAGAUGAUGUGGACAUGACAGACGCCCCUGAAGAGGAGGAGCAGGAAGAUGAAGACGAAGAGGAAGAGGGAGAAGGAGAUGAGGAAAACGAAGACGAAGAUGAAGACGAGCAAGUCAAUGGGCAGCCUAACGAGCUUCCGAGAUACACGCCUGAUGAGCUUGCUGAUAUGAAUGAGAGAACACUCAAAGGCGAGAUCGCGGCCCUGGAAGAAAAGACCCAAAACGUCAAUGUUGAUCUUGGCGUCCUUGCUGAGUACCGAAGGAGAGUGGAAGAGCACGCUGCUCGAGCCUCCGAUCUUCAGACUGCAAUUGAACAGCGGGAUUCUGCCAAGAAGCGAUGCGACGACAUGCGCCGCCUGCGGUUGGAAGGUUUCAUGGAAGGUUUCAGCGCUAUCUCCCUCCGACUCAAGGAGAUGUAUCAGAUGAUCACAAUGGGAGGAAACGCAGAGCUGGAGCUUGUCGACAGUUUGGACCCCUUCAGCGAAGGUAUCCUGUUCAGUGUCAUGCCGCCAAAGAAGAGUUGGAAGAACAUCAGCAACCUUUCGGGUGGUGAAAAGACACUUAGCAGUCUGGCUCUUGUUUUCGCCCUGCACCACUACAAGCCAACUCCCCUGUAUGUCAUGGACGAGAUCGAUGCCGCGUUGGAUUUCAGAAACGUCUCGAUCGUUGCAAACUAUAUCAAGGAGCGUACCAAGAACGCCCAGUUCAUCGUCAUCUCGCUGCGCAACAACAUGUUUGAGCUCGCGGCGCGGCUGGUGGGAGUGUACAAGGUCAAUCAUAUGACCAAGAGUGUCACGAUCGAGAACAAGGACUUUAUCGUGAGACCGCAAGUGCAGCAGCAAUCAUCGCAACGAAGCCAAGGAGGCAACACCGCCACGAUAUUGCCCUUUCGAUACACUCGUUUGUUCAGCAUCAUGUGGAUGCUACUCCUCUUCGUCGCUCACUUAGCGUUUGCCUUUCCGGCCAACUGGAACGAGACGGUUUCUUGUCCUCGCGAUGCACUCUACUCUUCUCUCGUUGAAGAUGGUGGUGGGUUCUGCUCAAGUGUCUUGGAGGGAAACCACUGCGGUGCAGGUUAUAGUACUCCUGCUGAGUAUGUACGGUAUAAUCAGACACGGAUAGCUUCCUACUGCGCGUGUAUUGUUACAAAUUCAGAGGCUGUGACGGAGUCGAGCAAGUCAUCUGGAGCGCCAACACAGGACAAUUCGUUCACGGUUGAGUAUUCGGAUACGUGGACUACUGAAGAGGAGACAUCAGCAUCUGUGGGACAGCCUGCUUCAGGGACCUAUCCUGAUAUAACAACGACUGAUGUGUCUGAGACGACAUCCAAAUCACGGAAUCAGACUCGAUCUGCUUUGACAUCCUCCGUGGAGACGACAGAAGAUGUUCCGAGACCAGGUCCUUUUACCAACAUAAGCAGUCCAGUCACGGAGACACUUAAGACUUCCUCGGAGUCUUCCAACCCAGGGAACAUCACCACGAGUUUACCAACGGAUACGCGCGGUUCCAUUUCAGAAUCAUCGUCAGAAUUUCAGAACCAAACGUCGGGUAUACAACCUACUUCUCUCUUCACCCAAUCUGGCAAUCAAACCCAGUCUCGACAGUCCAGCACGGAUGUAACGCCUCAAUCUUCACACACAAGUACCCGUGAACCUGGAAUGACGCUAUCCGGAACCACAAGCGGUUCACUACCGUGGCCUGUUCCUGGAAACACAACGUCGAGUCCUUCGGGGAGUGGCACACGUCCGACCGGGCCAAUAUCCACAGGGUGGAAUUCGAGUUUGACUCCGAGCAACAGUCUGCCUGGGACAGGACUGCCUUUUCCCAGUGGACCGUUGUCGACAACUCAACUAACCACGGGGACUGGUAUCUCGUCAAGCUUCAGUGCCAACCCAGGUUGGAAUGUCACUGUUUCUCCAUCGGCUGGUAAUGUUUCCGCGCCGACUGUCAGCAUACCCAGUGUGACACUUACGUCCCUUCCGACAACCUCAGCGCCCACAAGCUCUGGUAUCUUGUCGAGCGACACUGCAGCCUCUGGCUGGAAUGGCACUACAUCGAGAGGCAACGGUACGAUACCGACCCUCAGUCUACCCAGCGAAACACUCGCUCCUUUUCCAAGUUGUGACACCGAGUUGGAACAUGACCGCCUCUCCGCCGGGUGGGAACGUCUCGGUACCAACAAUCAGCAUCCCCCAGACUGGAACUUUGGUGCCGAUUCCAACACUAUCGCUUCCGAGUGGUUCUCUUUCCAUCACCUCCGAGGUAAUGCUUCUGUGCCUACAAUCAGUUCGACAGCAGCAUCUGUGUCUCUUCCGACAGACUCCGAGAUACCUCCCGGUACUACUCGAAGCAGCAGUAUCGGGUUUAACUUCACAUCGUCCGUUUCAGGUGCCGUCUCUCUGCCGACCAUCAGUAUCCCGACCUCAGAGAUCCCAGCACCCAUUCCAAGUCUGCCUUUCCCGACGGACUCACUCCAAGCUUCAACCAGUACCGAAAGUGGGAGUGUUGUUGACAGUAGUGACACAACAGUCACUGCGCCAGGGAGUACCGGAACCGUUACAUCUUUCUCGAGUCCUGUGGCCACGACUUCAACGCCCGGUGGUAGCUCCGAUGGCUCUGAAUCCGGUCGUAACGCGACGACCACUGGCGUUCCUGAGUUUCCCGCAGCCAACUUCACGCAUGUCACGCGAACCGCUUCCCUCUCCCAAGAAACAUGCUAUACUCUGCCAGACGAUCCAGAAGGCGAUGCAACCCGCCGAGCGUUGCUGUUCAACUCCAGACUUCGGGAAGACAACGUCUCGAUUCCCAUGCCAUAUAUAGAGUCUGUGGAGUUUGAGAGCAACGGCGUGAAUCCUUUGUAUCUAACAGUUCGUGACGAGCAAGGCGGGACGUACUUUGUCGACAUAUCUCACCGCGGGCGGCUUUCAGUCGUGGAUCCUGCUGGGUACCUUGUGACACUUGACGCCCAGGGGAUUCACUUCUCGGGAAGUAAUUGCACGUACGACAUAUCCAUCACAAUUGACGACAUGUACACGCAGAUAGCCGAGCUCGCUGGUGUACAAUGCGCUGCUCUCAGACGGCAGAAGCGCGCUGACGAUCUGGACUUCAGCCAGAUUCUGUACCUGCGUGACCAGUGCGGCAAUUUCGUUGAUAAGUCACUAAGACAGUAUCCUCAGCUUCUGGUGGGCGACACAGCCUGUGCAGACGUCGCCGUUGACGAAGACACGGGACGUUGGGAUUUCGACUGUACGUUUCCCGGUUCUCAAUCUGGCCCUAUGAGAUGUCAGUGGGCUGUCAAGAAUAGUAUCAUCGACUUCAUCAGCAUCGAUCCGUUUGCAGGCUCAUGUCCUGACAUGUCUACGGUCGUUACCACCUUGGAAGACUCGGGACAAGACAUUGUCGAUCCAUCCCAGCUUCGAAAUGAUCUUACCAACCAAGGUUUGCGAACUGAGAGAGCGAGGCAAGAGGCAGAUGAGGCUGUCAGUGCCUACACUCUUCUCUGGCAAGCUCUCGGGGCCAUGUUCUCCACAAGCGCAGGUUCUUCCAAGGGUGCUUUGGAGAAGUACAUUGACGUGUACAAUUCCCAACGCAGUUUUGAGAAUGACAUCUGCCAGGCUCUUCAUGAAGGCGAGAUCCCUCUCAACUUGACUCUUAUCGCUGGCGCAACCAAGAUCCCGGCCAUCACAACUCUCAACUGGGCACCUGAAUCACCACGAACCUACAACAUCACCGUCCAAGAUUCUACACGAAUCGCAUGCUGUCCUGAUGCCAGAGUUGCAGAAGGCGACGGUGCUACGUGCGCGUAUCCCCGAGAAGCCAUCAUACCAGGGACGGGAUGCGUCUGUGGUACGACUGCUGGAGGCGAAGGUAUCGCAUUCGAGUGGACUGAGUGCGGAAACUUUGCAGGCAGUUGCGAAGCCGAUGGGGAUUGCGGUGAUGGAUAUCUUUGCUUGACAGGAAGUUGCUGUGGUGGAGGAGUUUGUGUUGAUGCAUAUGCUUGUUCGGAGAAUGGGACAGCUUUGGUACAAUUCAAUGGUGGGUUUUAG